UGAAUUAUUGAAAUACAGUAAUCGUUUACUUUGCGUCUCGUGCGUUGUUACAUAACGUUUAAAAACAGCAUACUAAUUUUUUUCAAAGUUCUGCAAUUAUUGUAUAAAAGUAUUUUUCAAUCAAAAUGGUUAGUAAUUCGAAUAAUUACAGUCAUUCGUCUGUUAUUGUAUUGAUGCUAUUUUUCACGAUUUCUAAUCGGUGGAUUUUACCCGUGGAGAAUGCUAAAAUAUUGGCCGUGGAGACGAUUGGAUGCAAAAGCCACUGGAACUUUAUGAGCGCUGUGCUUCGAUCUUUGACGAACGCCGGUCAUAGUGUAACCGUUUUCACACCUAUUACAGAUGGCGACCGGAAAAACUACACGGAAGUGGAUUUGUCAAAAAAUUUUCCUAUUCUAAUGGCUAAGGAUAUGAAGGAAACAUUGGAUGUUUACGCUAGUCCGUUUACAUACAUAAAUAUGAAGACUGGUUUGAAUAAGCGAUAUUGUGAUUCAGUUUACGGGAACCAACAGUUCAAUGAAUUAAUAAUCGGUAACUACAAAGCAGAUUUUGACGUGAUCAUCAUGGAACCAUUGAGUGUUGACUGCAUGUCAUACUUGGCAAGCACACUGAACUUACCAAUAAUUUAUGUAAUCCCGUCCCCCAUGAUAUCUUACGCUGAACGUAUGUUUACUGGACAUCUCUCGAACCCUGCGGUCGUCUCUAAUUUAUUAUCACAACAAGCCGUUCCCAAGACGUUCGUCCAAAGAACCGUAAACACCGCUCUUUUGGCAUAUUGUAUUCUAAUAACUACAUACGAUGAAUGGGUGCUGAGAAUUACUAAUCCAAGAUUGUACGACUUAUCUCCAAAGGUUCAUCCAUCUAUAAUAUUUCAAAAUUCCCACUACAUAACUGAAUCUUCGAGGCCAGUUGUACCUAGUCUUGUAGAUAUAGGUGGUAUUCACUUAAAACCAUCAAAAAGUAUACCACAAGAUAUAUUAGACUUCAUUGAGGACUCACAUCACGGAGUUAUUUAUUUCACACUUGGUUCAAUAAUUCAAUCAUAUACAUUACCAGAACAUAUAAUAAAUUCAUUUAAAGAAGCAUUUUCUAAUGUUCCACAAAAAGUUUUAUGGAAAUUUGAAGGUGAAAUGAAAGAUGUUCCAAAAAAUGUGAUGAUAAGAAAAUGGUUUCCUCAACGAGAUAUUCUUCUGCAUCCCAAAAUAAAACUAUUUAUCAGUCAUGGUGGCAUUUCCGGAAUUUAUGAAGCUGUUGAUGGCGGAGUUCCUGUACUUGGAUUUCCUUUGUUUUUUGACCAGCCGAGAAAUAUAGAUAACUUAGUUAAUGCCGAAAUGGCAAUAAGUAUGGACCUCUUCACAAUCAACAAAGAAAAAUUGUUAAAUAAUAUCUUAAUACUCAUUAAUAACGAAAAAUACAUGAAAAAUGCGAAAAUUGCCUCUCAACGUUUCAAAGAUCGACCAAUGUCACCAGAACAAUCAGUUGUUUAUUGGACAGAGUAUGUUAUUCGCCAUAAAGGAGCAUCUCAUUUAAAAUAUCAUGGACAUAAUCUAUCGUGGUAUCAAUAUUUUCUAUUGGAUAUAAUUGCCGUAUUAUUCACUUUUAUUUCAUUAGUAUUAUUCAUAAUUUAUAAUUUUUUGAAUUUUUUGUGUAAGUACACCAGUUAUGUACCUAAAUAUUCACACAAUUAUGUUAGAGCCCUUUUAAUUUGGCCUUGGAUUAAUAAUUUAUACAAUUUAAAAUAUUUAUCAUCAUAGUCAAAAUUACAUUUAAAUUUGUACUAUUUUCACAAAAUGUAUACCCAUCCUAUGUGUCUAAACUAGUCAUUGAUAUGAGCUAUAGCCUAUAACUAUAAAUAUUAAUGUAUUAACUGUUUAAAAUUUAAUCCAAAGGCAGCUUAAACAAAAUAUUUUGUACAUACAUACCUACCUACUAAUUAAUACUAUUUUAUUUCAUGUUUUAAAUCUUGUUUUAAUGAUAAUUUAUUUUAAUAUUAAUUAUGUAUAACUUGUCUUAUACUCUAUAAUAUAUUCUUUAUAGUAUAUUCUAAUUUCUAAUCGUGCUAUUAAGUACUAUAAAACGAUAAUAAUAAUAGGUACUCAUCGAACUUUUAUUUUAAAAAAUU